AUGGUCCACUUCAAGAACAUUCUCGCUUCUCUGGCUCUGGCAAGCGCUGCUGCUGCCCACCCCGGUCAUGACCCUCGCGAGGAGGCCCUCGAGCGCCGUACCUAUUACGACUCCGUCCCUCAAACCAAGCGCUCGUUGAGCCAUUGCGAGGCAAGGAUCAAGGCUCGUGGUCUUGGGCAAAGAUCCCUUGCCCGUCGCGAUGCCCUGGCUACCAACAUGAGACAGAAGCGCGGUCUUCCUGCUGCUAUGGAAAAGCGUGACGCCGCUUCUGUCCUCAACACAACUCAUCUGUCCAACGACACCAGCAUCAACAUGGACGUUACCGAGGAGGACCUCUUUGGCAAUGGCUCUUGUAUCCUUGUUCCUGAGUUCAUCCGCAAGAAUAUCACCGAGAACCAGGAGGGUGUUCCCAUAACUCUUGAUAUCCAGGUCAUCGACGUCAACACCUGCGAGCCUGUUCCAGAUGUGUAUAUCGACUUCUGGCAUUGCAAUGCAACCGGUGUUUACUCUGGCAUUGUUACCAGUGGUAAUGGUGAUUCUUUGGACACCGUCAACGUCAACACCACUUUCCUUCGCGAUAUUGCCGAGACCGAUACCGAGGGUGUUGCCACUUUCGAGUCCAUUGUCCCCGGUCAUUACACCAGCCGCGCCAACCAUGUCCACAUCGUCACCCACACAAACACAACCCUUUACGUGAACGGUACCAUGUCCUCCGGCUCGGUCCAACACGUUGGCCAACUCUUCUUCGACAUGUCUCUGCUGAAGCAAGUCGAAGCCACCUACCCCUACAAUACAAACACACAAGACUGGACAACCAACAGCGAAGACUCCAUCCUGUCUGAAGAGACUGCCACCGAUGGCGUUGACCCCGUGGUGGAGUACAUCUUGCUUGGUGACGAUAUCACUGAUGGUGUUCUGGCUUGGAUCUCCAUGGGCGUGGACAUGAUCAACAACCAGACCAUCACUCCUGCAGGAAACUACUACCGUACUGGUGGCGUGAUGGACUCUUCCUCAUCAGGCAUGGGAGGUGGUAUGGGUGGUGGUGGCGAUGAACCCGGAAAUGGUACUUCCAAUGGUACUGCAGGUGCUCCUCCUUCGUGAUAGGAUCUCGUCGAAUGAGCUUGUCAACGGCAGAUGUGCG